CAGAGAGAAAAGAGCACCAACGCUGUCGUCUAAUUAAUGAUCGACAUGGAGUUUGAAGAGAUAGCAACGGAGAACAGGCUCUCUUCACAUCUCCCUGCAGCUCCUUCCAUUAAUCAUAUUAAUGGUGGCGAUAAUGAUGAUCAUGAUCAUGGUCAUGAUGGAGAUAUAACAAGAAGAAGAAGAACAGUAGUGUCUGAUCAAAGAGAUAUUAAUGAAGUUGAUCAUGAUGUCACCACCAAACUUGGAGCUGCAGUGGACAAGAGACUCUUCAUUAUUGACAGUCUCAUCAAACACAUUGAGAAUGAUAAUCUCAGGCUGUUGCAGAGACAGAAACAGAGAAUAGACAGAGUGGAUGUGGAAGUCCCUAAUAUUGAGGUGAGGUACAAUAACUUAAGUGUGGAAGCUGAGUGUGAAGUAGUUGAAGGAAAGCCUCUGCCAACUCUCUGGAAUACAGCCAAAGGGUUUUUCUCUGGGUUUCUUAGGUUAACAGGUUUAAACCAUGAAGAUGCAAAGAUUGUGAUCAUCAAAAAUGUGAGUGGUAUCAUCAAGCCUUCCAGAUUGACUCUGUUACUUGGACCCCCAGGAUGUGGAAAAACCACAUUCCUACAGGCACUUGCUGGGAAAUUAGAUAAAUCUCUCAAGGUUUGUCCACUCUUAAUAGUGUCUGUCUCCAAGGAUCAUUUGUUACACAAUGCAAAUGUUCCUCUUUUUUUUUUUAAUGUAAUUUAUUUGUUUGUUUUGGUCAUCUAUUCCCUGCAGGUCACAGGGGAAGUUUCUUACAAUGGCUACAAACUGGAUGAAUUUAUUCCUGGGAAGACAUCUUCUUAUGUUAGUCAGCAUGAUCUGCACAUUCCUGAAAUGACAGUGAGAGAGACACUCGAUUUCUCAGCAAGGUUUCAAGGUGUUGGUUGCAGGGAAGAAAUCUUGGAUGAGGUUUGUAGAAAAGAGAAACAGGCAGGAAUUGUCCCUGAACCAGAGAUUGACACAUAUAUGAAGGCGAUAUCUGUCAAAGGACUAAAAACAAGUAUUCAGACUGAUUAUGUGAUGAAGAUCAUGGGAAUGGAUAUAUGUGCGGAUAUAAUGGUUGGGGAUGCCAUGAGAAGAGGUAUCUCUGGUGGUCAGAAGAAACGACUGACUACAGCAGAGGUCAUUGUUGGACCAACAAAAGCUCUUUUCAUGGAUGAAAUCUCAACUGGAUUAGAUAGCUCCACCACAUUUCAGAUUGUUACUUGCCUCCAACAAAUGGCUCACAUUAGUGAAGCAACUAUUGUCAUUUCCCUUCUCCAACCUGCACCUGAAACCUAUGAUCUCUUUGACGACAUUAUUUUGAUGGCAGAGGGUAAGAUUGUGUAUCAGGGCCCUCGUGAUCAAGUUCUUGCUUUCUUUGGAGAAUGUGGUUUCAGAUGUCCAGAAAGAAAAGGAGAGGCUGACUUUCUCCAAGAGGUUCUGUCCAGAAGGGAUCAAGAGCAGUACUGGUAUCAUCCCCGAGAAACUUAUACUUAUGUUUCAGUUGAUGGAUUCUGCAAACAAUUUAAACUAUUUUGCAUGGGCAAGAACUUGGAAGAGGAACUAUCAAAAUCAUUUGAUAAGUCACAAUCUCAUAAGAAUGCCCUCUCAUUCAACAUAUAUUCUCUGCCUAAAUGGGAACUGUUUAAAGCUUGCACAAGCAGAGAGUUACUUCUCAUGAAGAGGAAUUCAUUUACUUACAUCUUCAAAAUUUCUCAGCUUGCGAUAAUGGCUUCCAUCUGUAUGUCAGUCUUUCUGCGAUCGGACAUGGUACUCGAUGUUGUUCAUGCCGAUCACCUUAUGAGCUCGCUGUUUUUCACAAUUAUGGUACUUAUGGUCAACGGCUUACCAGAGCUAACCAUGACUGUUUCCAGACUUCCCUGUUUCUACAAGCAAAGAGAUUUCCAUUUCUAUCCAGCAUGGGCAUAUGCCAUUCCAGCCACCAUUUCAAAAAUUCCAAUAUCAUUGAUAGAAUCUUUAAUUUGGACAUCAGUUACUUACUAUGGUAUUGGUUAUAGUCCUGAACCAGUAAGGUUUUUUCGCCAAUUCCUCAUCCUCUUUGUUGUUCAUCAAGUGGCUUUAUCCAUAUACCGUUGUCUAGCUGCUUGUUUUCGGACUAUGGUGCCUUCAAUCAUGUUUAGUACUAUGAUGUGUACGGCGAUGUUAACAGUCGGCGGCUUUCUUCUUCCUAAACCCUCCAUACCAGGUUGGCUGAGGUGGGGAUUUUGGGUCUCCCCAUUCACAUACACACAAAUUGGAUUGACAGUUAACGAGUUCCUCGCACCACGUUGGCAAAAGGUUUCAGCCUUGAAUACGACUAUCGGCAAUAUUGUUUUGAAAAGCCAUGGAUUAGACUUUGAGAGCUACUUUUAUUGGGUAGCAUUGGGGGCAUUGCUUGGAUUUGCUUUCCUUUUCAAUUUGGGAUUUGUUCUGGCUUUAACAUUCAGCAGGCCUAUCGGGAAGUCUUGCGCUAUUAUCUCCAGGGAGAAGCUUUCACAAAUAAAUGGAGGCAUAAAUGAUGCAACCACCACAUUUCCUGAAAAUCCCAAAAAGACUAAAAGAAGGAUGAUGGUCUUGCCUUUCCAACCCUUUGCAAUGACUUUUCAGGAUAUCUGUUAUUAUGUUGAUACUCCUCCGCAAAUGAGAGAACAAGGCUAUACAGGGAAAAAGCUCCAAUUACUGCACAACAUUACUGGAGCAUUCAGACCUGGCAUUCUUUCAGUUUUGAUGGGUGUCAGUGGAGCAGGGAAAACUACACUCUUGGAUGUUCUCUCCGGCCGGAAAACUGGUGGUGCUAUUGAGGGAGAUAUUAGAAUCGGUGGAUAUCCUAAAAUGCAAGAAACCUUUGCUAGGAUUUCAGGUUACUGUGAACAGACAGACAUACAUUCUCCUCAAAUUACUGUAGAAGAAUCAGUCAUCUUUUCAGCUUGGCUUCGUCUACCAAACAACAUUGACUCUAAAACAAGAUCUGAAUUUGUGAAUGACGUUCUUGAAACAAUUGAGCUUGAUGAUAUCAAAGAUGCAUUAGUUGGUACACAAGGGGUAAAUGGCCUCUCUACCGAACAAAGGAAACGACUAACAAUAGCUGUUGAGCUUGUAGCUAAUCCUUCCAUUUUAUUUAUGGAUGAGCCUACCUCAGGACUUGAUGCUAGAGCAGCUGCAAUUGUCAUGCGUGCUGUAAAAAAUGUGGCUGAUACUGGAAGGACAGUAGUUUGCACCAUCCACCAGCCCAGCAUCGAUAUAUUUGAGGCAUUUGAUGAGCUAAUUCUAAUGAAAAUGGGAGGAAGGCUGAUUUAUUCUGGACCACUGGGUCAGCAUUCAAGCAAAGUCGUUGAAUAUUUUGAGAGUAUCCGUGGAGUUCCAAAAAUUAAAGAUAACCAGAAUCCAGCAGCAUGGAUUUUGGAAGUUACAUCUGCAUCUGCUGAGGCACAACUUGAAGUGAAUUUUGCACAAAUAUACAAGGAAUCAACUCUUUACAAUGACAAUAAAGAACUAGUUAAACAGCUAAACACACCACCACCAGGUUCAAAAGAUUUGCAUUUUCUGACUCGUUUCCCACAAAAUGAAUGGGUUCAGUUCUCAGCUUGUCUGUGGAAACAAUACUUGUCCUACUGGAGAAGUCCUUCAUACAACUUGGUCCGGUUGAUUUUUAUUCUUUUCGUGUCUUUGGUAAUGGCAGCAUUGUUUUGGAAACAAGGGAAGACAUUAAACAAUCAACAGAGCCUGUUCAACAUCCUUGGCUCAAUGAACCAGGCAGUACUCUUCAACAGCAUAAACAACUGCGCAUUAAUUAUGCCAUUUGUGGUAACCGAGCGUGUUGUUCUUUAUCGUGAAAAAUUUGCAGGGAUGUACUCUCCAUGGGCCUACUCAUUUGCACAGGUAGUCAUUGAGAUCCCUUGUGCAUUCAUCCAAGCGCUGUUGUUCACAAUCCUCGCAUACCCAACUAUUGGCUACUACUGGUCAGCAUACAAAUUCCUAUGGUUCUUGUACACCAUGUUCUGCUCCAUUCUCAGUUUUGUUUACCUUGGGAUGCUUCUUGCUUCAUUGACUCCAAAUCUUCAAAUGGCCACCAUAUCAUCAUCUUUCUUUUAUCAAAGUUCCACUCUUUUCUCUGGUUUCAUACUCUCAGGCCCACACAUUCCAAAAUGGUGGAUAUGGCUUUACUACAUCCUGCCUUUGUCUUGGACAUUAAAUGGUUUCUUCACUUCACAGUAUGGAGAUAUUCAGCAGGAGAUAACAGUGUUUGGAGAAACCAAGACAGUGGCUGAUUUUCUCCAGGAUUACUUUGGGUUUCAACAUGAUAGACUCAGACUGGUGGCUUUGGUUCUUCUUGCCUUUCCUUUAUUGUUUGCUUCUCUUUUUGCUUAUUGUAUAGGAAAACUCAACUUCCAGAGGAGAUGAGCCUAUAAAAAUAAAAUAAUACAUAUCUACAUGUAAAUUGUGAAGAAGAAGAAGAAGCAGCAGCAGCAGCAGCAGCAGCAGCAGCAACGCCAAAACUUGUUCUUGAGUGUAAUAGGUACAAACUUACAAAUGUGGUUCGUUACUCACAUCCCAGGAAUUCAAGGAUAAGCUCAGCUUUUCCGAUCAUCAUGAAAGUAAAAUGUUUUUAUCUUUGAGUGUUUGCAGCUCCUGCAAGUAAAAGAUAAAAAGUUGACGUAUUCUACGGUGCUGUAAAAAAAAAGUAUUUAAUUCCAAAAGCUUUUCAUA